AUGAGUCCACGUGCUAGGUUUUGCGUCACCGCCGUGGACGAGGACCUGCUCGCCGUCUACCUCCGCCGCAAGGCUGCUGGCGAGCCACUCCCGUGCGCCACGAGCAAGUUCUUCCACGACGCCGACAUCUGCACCGCCGACUGGGCCACGCUCACGGGAGAUCGCCUCCUAGCGCCGGCAACGAAGCGCUACGACGGUUCUUGGUUCUUCUUCACCCACGCAAGGACCAAGAAGAGCCGCGGCGAAGAGUUCUUGGCGGUCGGGGACGGCGAGGGCGUGUGGCUCGCCGAGAGGGCCGACGCUAGGGAUGUGCUCGACGGCAACGGCCGCCGCAUCGGGCGCAGCCAGGUGUUCUCGUACAGGCCCAAGAGCAGCAAGAGGUUUGAGUGGUACAUGGUGGAGUUUGCCGUUGAGGAUCAAGAUGAGGAUGGCGAGGACCGCGGUGGCAACGACGAGUCCCUGCUUGUUCUUUGCAAGAUCUACCAGUCUAUGAUGAUGGAUCUACGUUGA